AUGGAAAAACCCAAAGUUUUUUCAAGCUUGAUUUUAUCGGUUUGUGCAGAAGCAAACUUCCCAAAUGAAUCCAUCGACUUGUACAUGUUAAUCAGGAAAGAUGGUGUUUUCCCUUCCAUUGCUUCAUUUAAUUUACUCCUGGAGUGUUUGGUUUCAUCUGGUCAGUACAGUAAAGUGUUGGAAUUGUUUGAUCAUGUUAUUAGUUCGGGUAUCAGGGUUGAUAAGUUUACAUUCGGGAAGGCUGUGCAAUCAGCAGUGAAGAUGGGAGACCUGCGACGGGGUAUGGAUUUGAUGGAUUGCAUGAAGAAUACUGGCAGAAUGAAUGUUAGUACGUUUGUGUAUAAUGUUUUGAUCGGUGGGCUGUGUAAACAGAAGCGAUUGAUGGAUGCACGAAAGCUGUUUGAUGAAAUGCUUGAGAGAGAUGUAGUUCCUGAUAGGGUUACAUAUAACACAAUGAUCGAUGGAUAUUGCAAAGUCGGGAAUUUAGACGAAGCAUAUAGGGUUCGUGAAAAGAUGAAGGCUUGUAAUGUGGGGCCGAAUCUUGUUACAUUUAAUACACUACUCAGUGGUCUCUGUAAAGGGAAGAGGAUGGAUGAGGCAAAGAAGGUCUUUGAAGACAUGAAAAUUCAUGGCUUUGUUCCCGAUGGGUUCACUUACAGCUUAAUGUUUGAUGGGUUUUCAAUAUCUGGUGAUAUAGAUGCUUGCAUUUCAUUACACAAACAGAUAGAUAAAAAUGGCAUUCAUAUAAAUGAAUACACUUGCAGUGUUUUGUUAAAUGUGCUAUGCAAGGGAGGGAAAACCAACAAAGCUGAGGAGAUUUUGGUAAAUUUAAUGGAGAAUGGACUUGUUCCAACACAGGUAAUCUUCAAUACAAUCAUUGAUGGCCAUUGCAGGGAAGGUAACACAGAAAUGGCCCUUUUCUCAAUUGAAAAAAUGAAAUCCAAUGGCUUAACACCAAACUCCUUCACCUUCAAUCCAAUAAUCAACAAGUAUUGUCAAUCUGGUAAUCUUUUAAAGGCAGAAGAAUUGAUAAAAAAGAUGCCAGAAAUGGGUUCUUCACCAGAUGUUGUAACCUACAACAUACUAAUUGAUGGAUUUGGACGAAACUUAAAGUUUGAUAAAUGUUUCAAGAUUCUUGAAGAAAUGGAAACUAAUGGCUUAAAACCAAAUGCUGUAACUUAUGGAUCUCUAAUGAACCAAUUGUGCAAAGAUGGAAGACUUAUGGAAGCUGAAGUGGUGUUCAAAGAUAUGAUAGGUAGAGGUAUUUUCCCAAACACAAAUACGUAUAAUAUGCUUAUUAAUGGGUAUUGUAAUGUGGGAAAGAUAGAAGAUGCUUUCAAGAUUUUUGAUGAAAUGUGUAGAAAUAAAGUUGUUCCAUCUUUGGUUACUUACAAUACACUCAUAAAUGGGCUAUGCAAAAAGGGUAGGGUUGAGGAAGCCGAAGAAUUUGCUUCAAGAAUCACAAAUGGAUAUCUAAAAUGUGAUGUUAUUACAUAUAACUGUUUAAUAUCUGGUUAUUCAAUAAAGGGUGACACCCAAAAGUGUUUAGAGUUACAUGAAAAGAUGAAAUCAUCUGGAAUUAAACCUACUAUCAAUACAUAUCAUCCACUAAUUACUGGAUGCAAGAAUGAGUUAAUACUUGUGGAGAAACUCAUGAAAGAAAUGUCAGAUAUGAACUUGGAUCUUGAUCGGGUGAUAUAUAAUGAACUCAUUCGUUGCUAUUUUGAUCAUGGUUUUGUGGAAAAGACAAUUGAAUUGUUUCAUGAAAUGAUUAAUAAGGGAAUUGUUCCUGAUAAAAUGGCUUACAAUUGCUUGAUUAUUGGGUACUUAAAGGAAGGAAAGAUUCAUGAGUCAAAGGAUCUUGUUGAUGAAAUGAAGGCGAAUGGAUUAGUUCCUAAAGCUGAUACUUAUGAUGUUAUGAUUAAGGGUCUUUGUGAUAUUAAGAAGUUUGGUGAAGGGUAUUUUUGGUAUAGGGAAAUGGUUGGAAAUGGGUUUUUGCCAAGUGUAAGUGUUGCUAAUGAGCUUGUUAUUGGUCUUACAGAAGAAGGGAGGUUUAAUGAAGUUGAAGUAAUAUGCUCAGAAAUCAGUAUUAAAGGAUAUGAUUAUUCUGAUGCAAAUAAGGAUCUUUCUGCUGCUUUAAAAUGA